GUACCGACAGGAGGGAUGGAUGUUUGCGAAUCUGACAUUUUGGAAUAACUAAUCGCACAUAUGGAGACGUUUGCAUUAUUUCUUGAUGCACAUCUCAUCCGAGUUACGGAAUGUAUUAAUUCAGUCCCAGGUUUGGGUGAUAUCUAGGGCACUGUAACGCAAGACAACAAACCAGUUGUCAUGUUUCUAUUGUUGCAUGAGUCUGCUAGCCAUUAUACGGCAUUUUGAUGUUGCUGUGUAUCUCGACACGAAGGUUUUGAUCAAGAGAGACAAGAACUAAUUUGCAUGAUAUUUCAUGAAGUUGGUUUUACCUUUAAUUGAAGGUGUAAAACUUCGUAGAUGGCGUCAAAUACAAGAGUGUCUAUUCUCGAUUACUUCAAUAUUGUAUUUGAGGGAGAAAAUGGGAAGAUCGAGUCUAACUGCAAGGCGUGCGGCACAAGGAUUCAAGCGAAGCGCACAGUUACAUCCAACUUCGUUACACACCUAAAGCGUAAACACCAGGCCAUGUAUGAUGAGUUUGUGAAGAAAAAAGAUGUGAAAAGAGAAGCCUACUCCUCGGGGGCUAUGCAGAACUUCACUGCCAACACAGGUGGGAGUUCUCGGGCCUCCUUUCAAAGCACAAGCACAAUGGCUAAAUUCGACCGCAGCGAUCCUCGCCAAGCCCUCAUAUCUGAAGCCAUAGCCAAGAUGAUCAUCCGGGACCUGCAGGCGGUGCAGAUUGUGGAGAACGAGGGCUUCCGGGAGCUUCUUCAGCUGCUGGAGCCGCGCUACACCCCCGAGCCAAGUCUCUACAUCCAGCAGCAGCUCCUCCCAGCGUACGCUUAUCAGGUGCAGCUGGCCACCAAGCAGGCCCUCACCGGGGCAGAGUCCUGCAGCGUGACCCUUGACCUCUGGAGAGGAGGCGCUGGAGCCGGCAUGAGUGGCUACCUGGGAGUGACCUGUCACUUCAUCACCACGGACUGGCAGAUCAAGUCGGCGCUGCUGGCCUGUUUGCGCCUCACGGGCCACCAUCUUCCCCAGCGAGUGCUUUCGGAGUUCGACGAGAUCUCCCACGCGCACGGCGUCGCCGGGAAGGUGUUUAGGGUGGUCGCCGACCCCUCGCCCUGCGAUACCAGGCCGCCGUUCCGACUCCCCGGGUUCAGCCUCCACUGUAACGGGGAGGAGGAGGAGGAAGAGGAAGACGACAGCAGUGAUGAGGAGACCGGCGGCAGUGACGGCAAAGACACGGUCGUGGCAGGCGAGGAGACGGACAACUCCCUCGGUCAGUGCCUGGGCCGCUGUCGGAUAGAUUGCUUCGCCCGCUCGCUCGGGCUGUGCGUGCGGGAGGGGCUCCGGUCAUCCACGCAGAUCUCCAUCGCCCUCACCAAAGCCGCCUGCUUUUACAACUACGUCAUAGCCACCGUCGCCCCUGAGAAACUGGGCCAGGUGUUUGGCUCUGGGGCGACCCCAGCGGGCACUGCACAAGCCCCGGUCGGCCCUGCUGACCGACACUGGAACGUCCAGCUCAAGACGGUGAGGCGCAUGCUGGAGUCGGUGGACUUCCUGGAGGACAUCAUCGACAGGCAGGACCUGGCCCUCAGCGCCCCUGAGAAGGCCCUCCUGCGGGAGCUGGUGGAGGUGCUGGAGCCCUUCGAGGAGGCCACCGACAUGGUGCAGCUGGACAAGCACGUGUCCAUCAGCCUGGCCCUGCCGUGCGUGCUGGGCCUGCGCAAGCACCUGUCGGAGACCACCGCGCGCCACUGCACGGGCGUCGUCGUGGGCCUGGCCCAAGCGCUCGACCGCAGGCUGGCCGGCAUCCUGGAGGACCCGCUCUACGUGACGGCCACCACCCUGGACCCCCAGUUCAAGCUCUCCUGGAGCAGUGACGUCGACUGGCACAAGCAGGUGCUGCUGGAGGAGAUGGCCAAGCACACCCAGGCGGCCGCAACCCCGGAGCCCGGCCCCGAGGCCCAGCCCUCCCCGUCCAAGCGCUGCAAGCUCUUCUCCUUCAUCAAGCAGAGGCCCACCACGCAGGCCAAGAGCGUGGAGCAAGAGCUGGCCGCCUACCUGCACGAGGAGCCCACGGACGAAGAGCCCCUGCACUACUGGAAGCGCAAGUCCAUCGACUUCCCCUUGCUGUCGCAAGUGGCCAAGAAGGUGUUCACCGUGCCUGCCACCACCACGUCCGUGGAGAGGAUAUUCAGCACCAUCGGCAAGACCCUAAGGCCAGAGCGAUGCAGGCUGCUACCAAAGAAUUUGGAGACUCUUAUUUAUUUGAAGGCAAACUACAGGAUACUUUGGACGUAAACUACGUAAAUGCUCUGCAGAGACUUUUUGUCCUCAGUCUCUAUUGUCUUUGAAAGCUUUACACAGCAUUGGGGGACAAAGUGAAUAAUUUUAUUUCAGUGGCGGGCAUAAUGCAAAAGUCCAAAUGCAGAUUGUGCCAGUGCAGUAACUGUAGGCCUAUGUCUGAUCCAAAGGAACACUAAAUUGUCUUUUUGUUAUGUAUGUUUAAUAUAUAAAUUUAUUUAUAUACAGUACUUAUACCUAUGCCAACUAAUUAAAGUAGUUUAGAAUGUAUUGUUGUAGCUGUGAACUAGUUACUGACAUUAAGCUUUGAGUUUAUUACUAAUUGCUUAUAUUUUUGUUGUUUCAGUGACUAUCUUUAAUAUUGUGACAUUGGAAUUAAUAAAUAAG